AUGGCAACUACUUCUGCUCCAAGCACUUCUGGUUUCACUGCCGUGAGUUCUUUUUUCACAUGAACAAGUGGAUCUAUUUAAAAUGAGAAAUAUUUCUCACACGAGUAGAAUUUUAAUGUAUUUUGUUUUGAUUUCAGAAUCAACUGAGUGAUAUCAUCGAAUGUCCGAUUUGUUACAAUGUCUACAACAGACCUUUACAAUUAAGCUGUGGUCAUACUCUUUGCUCUACGUGUAUCGAUCGUCUUGUUGAAAAUGCUCGUGUAGUUCCAAAUAAUAAUCAAAUGGUUGCUCAACCAUUCAUUCCUCCUCCACCUCACGGUCGUCCAGCUCCACAAUUUCAUGUCGAUAUGAUGAAUAAUGCAGCUGAUAUGUUUAUGCACGAUUUACAAGGAUUAGGAGGAGGUAUGCCUAAUAAUGAACCGAUAUUUGCUGGAGCUGGAGGUGGCGGACCAAUUCGAGGUGUUCUUCCAUUUGGACCAAUGCAAAGAAACGGACCAAUGAUGAUGGUUCAACAAAGAUUGAGACAACAUCGAAGAGGAGGCGGUGGAACUGAAAUAAAAUGUCCGGAAUGUAGAAAACCAACGAUUGUACCACCAGAUGGUCUGCCCGUAAAUUAUCGUGUCCAAGAUAUUGUUGCAAAGAUGGCAUCGACAGCUAAUGCUCAUAAAUCAGAGCCACAACUCCAACAAAGAUGUAAAGUUUGCGAUGAGGCAUUAAAUCAAGGAGUGUACUUUGACUGUUUGACAUGCGGUGAAGAAGGGGUUUGUUAUUUGUGCUCUUUGUCUAGAAAAUGAAUAUAAUUUAUUGUUUUUUUUUCAGGCAAAACUUUGUUCAACUUGUGCAAUUCGAACUCAUAAUGGACAUGAUAUUCAAGAAAAAAGAGCAAUUACUGAUGACGAUGUAAAAGCAAUGAAAGAAAAAAUAAGUGCAAAUGCUGGAGUUGCUUUUCAAGUUAUGGAUGAAUUACAACCAAAACUUCGAGAUUUGAGUCAAGCAAUCAAUGACAAUAUUUUGAAAAUUCUUCAAGACAAUCUUGGUUGUUUUGAAAGAAUGGCUACAAACUUUGAUGGUCGAAUCAAUCCAAGUUCAACAAUUGAUGAAUUGGAAGCUGAAGUUAGAAAAUCUCAAAGAUUGGCUGAAAUCUAUAAAGAAGCUGUUGAUAGUUGUGAUCAAGUUCUUGGAUUAAGAAUUCGUCAAGCUGUUGAAGAAUUUCUUGUUCCAAUCAAAAAUUCAAUGAUGGAAAUGGGAAUCGGUAUUUUUGAAGAAGUACAAGCUGCCCAAGAAGUUGCUGCGGUUGCUGCAGCUGAAGUUGCCGCCGAAGUUGCUGCUGCAGUUGCCGAAGAAGCCGCUGCUGCUGUGGCUGGUGCGCCAGUUGAACAAGAAUUCCCUGAAGUUCAAAUGGAUGUUGAUAUGGGUGAAGCGCCAAGACGUGAAGAUGUUGGAGGAGGAAAUGGAGAUGUUAGAAACGCUGUGCAAUUUAUGAUGAUGAGAGAUCGAAUUAGAGAAAGAAAUAGACAAGCUGGAGAUGAAAGAGAAGAAGAUGUUGUAGCUCAACAACCACAAAUUGCUCAAAAUCAUCAACAAAUUCCGCCGCCGCCACAACCACAUCCAAAUGCACAAAUGCAUCAUCCUCAGCAACAAGCUCCAUACCAUCCACAGAUUCAACAUCAACAACAUCAGCCACCUCAAAAUCAACAAGGAAUGAAUGGAUUCGUAUGGAAUGAUCAUCCAUAUCGAGCAAGAUAUAUGAGAGGAGCCGCUGGAGCACCUGGUUUUGGAGGUAAGAUUUUUAAUCUUUGGAUCUAGGCGAAAAACUCUAAAUUUCCCUUCUAAUUUAGAAAUACUUGUUUUUUAUCUGGAACAUCGUAUUUUGUUGAAAAAACAACAUUUUUCUUGAGCAUUAACUAACAAGCCUAAGCUUCAUAGAGGAAAAUGGAAAAAUAAUUUUUGAAAUGCCGAGGGUUGUACAUAUGACCUUAUUUUUUACAGCACUCCAUCAUUAUAUGAUGCACCAACAACAGCAUCAGAUGCAAAGAGCUAUGAUGGGAGUUGCUCAACCACCAGAAAGACAACAUCAGCAGCAGCAGAAUCAGCAACAACCGCAACCACAACAAGCUCAACCACAACAAGCUCAACAACAACAUCAACAAAUGGGUGGACAAGCUCAAGGAGGUCAAGCUAUGCAAAAUCAAGCAAGAUUCAUGAAUCCAAUAUAUAAUGUGAAUUAUUUGCCAAAUCAUCAAGGCGAAAUUGUUUUGGAAAUGAGAAUGAGACCGUAUCCACAGCAACAACAACAACAGCAGCAACAACAACAGCAAGUUCAACCUCAAAAUCAACAAGUGCCGAUUGCACCUCCGGCACGACAACAACAAGCACAACAAGUUCAAGUUGGUCAAGGAAUGGCUGCACAACCUGUACAGCAAGCAGGUCAACAUCAACAAGGUGUACAAGUGAAUCGUGCUCCACCUCAAAAUGCGCCUGCACCUCAUCGCGAGCGACCACCUUUCGUUAUCCCUCGUAAUACUGGUAUACCAGCUGUUGCUUAUUUGGCUCAAAUUGAAGAACCUGGAAGAAAUGCGACGCAGGCUCAGAGAGAUGAGUAUGAAGAAAUUAUGAGUCGACAUACUACGGAAUUGAGAAGAAUCAACGUUGUUCAGGGAGAUCGGAAUAGACCAAAUGCUGAAGCAAGAGUUGAAGAGCCUGUUGAAGAACCACAACAAGAAGCUGAACCUGAACCUGAACCUGAAUCAAGCAGUGAAGAUGAAGAGGAAGUUCAACAAUUCAAAGUAAGUGUUAAUAACUUUAGAAAGUAUCAAUAAAAUAAUUCAACAAUUUUUAGACUCCAACUGCUUCUCCUAAUUUCGCUGCUGGAAAUGACCAAGAAGAAGAGGAGGAAGAUGGCCGAAGUCGUCGUCCUAUCAAAAAAGCAGUUCGUCAAGUUCCAAGUUCUUCAAAUGAACCAGGUCCAUCAACAAGAAGAUCGGAUAGAAAAACAGUUGCAUUAGAAAGAGCAAAACAAUUGAUGGAAUCGAUCACUAUUUCACCUGCGAGAAAUCCACGUAAUUCUACUAGUCCUCUUCCAACAAAACGAUUCAGAAAAUCAGAGAAUCGUGAUGUUUCUGAUGAUACUCCAUCUACUUCAACUGCACCAACUCCAUUGGCUUUAGAUCCUAGACCAGAAGUUGUAGUCGAGGAAAACACAAGUGGAGAUGUUGGAGAUGAUGAAUCGGAAUCUAGAGAAUUGACUGCCGCACGGACCAGGUUAGUCACAGAAAUUUUAAAUUUUGAAAAUACCUCUGAAUAAUUUUUUCAAGAAAAACACCCCAAAUGCAACUCACAUUUAAAAAAAUUGAAUUCGAUUCCGAUAUUUUCUAAUCUACCGAAAUAUGUAAAAUGAAAGAAAAUCAAAAACGUACCUCACGUGACAAGACUAGGUCACGUUUAAAAAAACUGUGGACAAGAAUGCAACAUUUGUUCGAGCCUAAAUCUUUAAGAAUAGAAUUUUCAGACCACGUCGUUCAACGGUUUAUCGUCGCCUUGGUGGUCGUUUAGCCUCUCCUUCUGGCUCAAAUUCAUCGAAUACCUCAACUGAAACUCAUCCACAAACUCCACGAACUCGUUCAAAUCGAACAAAUCGAGACGCGUCACCUUAG